AUGCGGAGGGCACUGUGGAGCUGCCUGCCCGUGGUGCUGGGGCUGCUGCUCUGGCACCCCACUGGUGCCAUCAGCCCUUGCUGGGAGAGCAGCAAAUGCCAGGACAUCACCAGCAAGGCCAGUGUUUUGGUGUGUGCUGCAGCGUGUAGAGCCGACCUGUCCGCCGAGGCGCCCGUCUACCCGGGCAACGGGCACCUCCAGCCCCUCUCCGAGAGCAUCCGCAGGUACGUCAUGAGCCACUUCCGAUGGAACAAGUUUGGCCGGAGGAACAGCAGCAGCGGCGGGGGGCACAAACGGGAGGAGGCCACGGGGAGCAACCCGACCCCCGCAUCCCUGCCCACCAUCCCGCUGUCCCGCCAUGAGGAAGAGCAGGGAACCGGGCUGGAGCGGGAGGAAGGUAAACGCUCCUACUCCAUGGAGCACUUCCGCUGGGGAAAGCCAGUGGGACGCAAGAGGAGACCCAUCAAGGUCUACCCCAAUGGGGUGGAGGAAGAGUCAGCCGAGAGCUACCCGCUGGAGUUCAGGCGGGAGCUGGUGCUCGAUGGCACCGGGGCACCGCCUGAGGAGGAAGAGGAGGAAGGGCAGGAGGAGGAGGAGAAGAACGGCGGCUCGUACCGCAUGCACCACUUCCGCUGGCACACCCCCAUGAAGGACAAGCGCUACGGGGGCUUCAUGACCUCGGAGCACAGCCAGACCCCUCUAGUGACUCUCUUCAAAAACGCCAUCAUCAAGAGCGCCUACAAGAAGGGGCAGUGA